AUGACUCAACUUUGAAAUAACUUAGAUGAUGUUUUAGAGGAAAUAGCUAUAAGAGAAAAUUACAAGACUCAAAAUUGGUAUAAAAAAGAAUAUGGGAGCACUCUGAAAAUGAUUAAAGCAUUAGUCUUUACAAAUCUCUCGUUUUAUCAAUUUGGUUGGAGUCAUUUUUGAGGCAAGAAAGGAUAUCUUUUCAGGAUACCUUCAUGUACCAGAGACCGGCUACUCUAACAAGAUUAUGUGAUGGAGUCAUGUUUUAAUAUCUUCUCCAUCUUUAAUUUAAAACAUGCCCUGUAAAUAGUGAAUCUGACAAAGAAAUGUAGAAAUGCUUGUAA